GUAGGUAGAGCUUUGAUUGAAUUGUCCACAUUCCACGCUGAUCAAUUUCAAUGCUACGCAGGCUGGUGCCGGGCCCACUGGGCUUGUUUUGGGACUGACCCUCCUUCAGAAUGGCAUUCAAGUUCGCAUCAUCGACCGAGAUCCCAACCGCCGUCCUGGCCACCGAGGCUUUGGCUUGCAGCCACGCACGCUGGAGCUAUUCCACUUCCUAGGUGUUCUUGACGAUGUGCUCGUUCAAGUGCUGCCUGUCCUACCGAUGUGCCAAUACAAGUUGCCAGGCGGCGUGGAGACGCUCAAGAUCUCGACGUUAGCAGCCAUAGAAGAGCCUACGCCUGCCUGCCCCUAUCCCAAUGCAAAGCUAUUGGGCCAGGACAAUACAGAGGCGAUCCUCCGUUCACACAUUGAGCGCCUCGGAGGCACUGUGGAGUAUGGCACCGAGCUUCGUAGUUUUGAACAACACUCCGACCGGGUCGUAGCAUUGCUUGCCACGAAGGAGGGAGAGCUUGAUAAGACCGAGACUGUCGUAUGUCAUUGGCUUGUAGGGUCCGACGGCGCCCGAGGCACUGUUCGCAAGCAACUCGGUCUGUCAUUCCUUGGAGAUACUCGCUAUGAGGAGCAAACCGUGAUUGGCCUGGUUGAAGUGCAGGGACUGGACGCAGAGCAUAUACACCAGUGGGUAGGCUUACCAGGUAGCGGGUACCUGCUCAUGACACCGACUGAGAAGCCUGGCUACUUUACCAUCGGCCUCACAGGGGAGACGGACGUCGAGAAGCUGGUAGCGGACAGAGACGCACUGAUUCACGCCAUACUCAAGCGGAUCGAGCGACAAGACCUUGUAUUCGGGCAAGUGGAAGCGGUCUCGUCAUUUAGGCCGAACAUCCGCAUGGUAGACACGUUUGGCGCAGGUAGAGUCUUUGUCGCAGGCGACGCGGCACACAUCCAUAGUCCUGCUGGCGGCCAGGGCCUGAACUCCAGCGCUCAAGAUUCCUUCAACCUGGCAUGGAAGCUUACACUUGUCGAGAAAGGCCUCGCCUCUCCCUCCCUGCUAGACACGUAUACCGAAGAAUGCCUUCCCGUCAUUGCCACGAUGCUGCAGAAUAUCACGUUAUUCUACGUUGCCAUGCGAGCUACUGACCAGCACGGCUGGUGGCGACCUCAAGAUGCUCGGCGUCGACUAUCGCUGGGGCUCCGGUGGACGAGCGCACAACCAGGGCACAGUUGUCUCAGAGUGCCAACCCACAGGCUCUGGCGCAGAUAGUCAUCUCAGAGCGUGCAACCGUACGCCUGAUGCUCCCGGCUCGAGAAGCAUAACAGAUAUAUCUUCAAC